AUGUACCAGUACCAAUACCAAGGCUACGGCAACACCCUCCCCAAAGUCAGCGAGGACAACUACGGCUUGUUCGCCUCCCGCGAAUCUGCCCCCUAUGGCACAAGCUACAGCCGCACCACCUCCGGCAUGCCUCAGUCUUUCGGCGGCCUUGGCAACGCUCGCGGCAUGGCCUCUCGAGCUCCUCGAGAAACCACGACUGUGAGUCUGGCCCACGAUAGCAACAUGCGAGACUGGAACCGCUUUCAGGGCGGUGGGUGGAACGGCUGGGGUCAGUUCAAGUCUGCCGAUGCUGAUGCGGCUUGGGAGAAUCGUGUGAGCCGUGGCGGUCCGAAGUCUGACUCCAGCUGGGAAGCCAGAAGCGCAAGCCUUGGUGGAUGGGGAGCGUCCGGUUCCGGUGGAGGAGUAGGAGAAGGGAGAGGUAUGGGUGCUUUUGGUGGUUGUGGAGGCGGAGUUUCUAGCUAUGGUGGUGGAGGGUCUAGAGGCAUGGGCGCUUUUGGGGCGGACAGAAGUAGCAGUGGAGGCUCGAGCUAUGGUGGUGGUGUGGGACCUUCGAGCGCACAUGCUGCUGGAGGAUUUCUUUCCAGCUAUGGUCGUUGA